UAGAGAGCAGCUGUUUAUGAUGAUCAGCUGAUCCAAUAAAAUACUUGAAAUUUAUAUUCUGACUGCUUUCUGUUUUGGGAAGGUUAACUGUUUGCUUCGAGGGACUCUAAAUUCAGACAUUAUAUAGAAUGCAAAGUACUGAAGUACAUAUUUGGAUACUACAUGAAUUUAUUGGAUUUAAUUUUCACUGAGAUACACAGCUGUAGAAAUGGGGGAGAGGAAUAAGAAAAUUCUUUUGGAACAAUUGCAAAUAGGCAAGAACAAAUAUUGUGCAGAUUGCAAUGCGCCAGAUCCAGAAUGGGCAUCAAGCAAUGUUGGCGUGUUUGUUUGUGUGAAUUGUUCAGGAAUUCAUCGAAUGUUGGGAACUCAUAUAAGUCGAGUUAAAUCAUGUAAACUUGAUCAAUGGGAUGAUGAUUCCGUUGCGUUCAUGUGUGAGCGAGGAAAUGAAGUUGUGAAUGACGAAUUAGAAAAAUAUUUACCUGUGUAUUAUCAUAAACCAGUAUCAAGUGAUCCACAAGUAUACAAAGAGCAAUUUAUUCAAUCGAAAUACAACAGAAAAGAAUUCAAGCAACCUGGUGGCCCAGCACAUUAUGAAAAAGGCAGAUUAGUCGGUAAUUUACAUAAACGGGGAAAAGAAGAUAAACAGUACAGAGUUCGGAAAUUUGUUCUCGAUGCUAAUGAGGGAACGUUAAAAUAUUAUAUAAAACAAGAAGCCAAAGAACCAAAGCAGUCUAUACCAUUAACAACAUUACAUGCAACUUUAUCUCCAGAAAUUAUCGACCAUCCGAAUGGUUUACAAUUAUCGUUUCUCGUUAAUGGUGUUACUAGACAUAUUUAUCUUUAUGCUGACAAUGGAAAGGAAGCAGUUGAUUGGUACAUCACAAUCCGUGCAACAGUUUAUUCUAAUUUAAAAGAACAAUAUUCUGAACUUUCAAAUGAGGAAAUAAUAAAAAGAAUGGCCAGGAAUCAACAAAAACAAGGUUGGAUGUCGAAAACUGGACCAAAAAAAACUGAACCGUAUAGGAAACGAUGGUUUGUUUUAGAUGACAGAAGAUUAUUAUAUUUUACUCAACCACUGGAAGCGUAUCCUAAAGGAGCCAUCUACUUAGGCAACAGACAAGAUGGUUAUAUAGUUCGAGAUGGUCUACCAGCCGGUCAGCAAGAAUCUGGGUAUGGGAUAACUGUCACAACGCCUGAAAGAGAUUUCUUGUUACUAUGUGAAGACCAAGAAGAACAAAGAUCAUGGAUCGCAGAAAUUAAAAAUGUUUUGACGAGACCUUUAUCAGAACAAGAUAAUAAAGAUUUAAUAAAUCAUAAACAAACAUAUGAAAAACGAAGAAAAUCAGUAGCACGAUUGGCGAGCACUUCUUUGAGUGCUGUUGUACCGACAUCUCCUAAGCAGAAACAGCAUUUUUAAAAAAGAAGAAAAAGAAAUGGUUUUGGUAAUGACUCUUCACAAUAAUAUCGAACUCACCGCCAAAAAUUGUUUCUGAACGUUGCGUUUUUUAUGGAAAUGGAAGACAGAAUCUUUGCGCUACUAUGCAAUUCCCCAAAAUGGGCUCACCUGACUGGCAGGAUCAUCUCCAAAUAACAUAUUACCUUGCUCACUACAGUAAUAUCCCUAGCAGUAACACCAAUAAGUCCAUGCUUCCGAAAUCGAAUAACUGAUCACAUACUCGACAUGGAGAGGCAGUGCAGUGUUUCGCCAUAUGGUUAAGCUGUCUUAUCGACUUUCCUCCCCCCGGGAUAAAUAUGAAAAUCCUAUCCUAAUAUUUGUUUGACUAUGCUACUUGUAAUGGUAAAUUUCCAAUCGAUCAAUUGUGUUUCGUAAGUAGUUUUUCAAUUUAAGUUA